GCCUCGCAUCUUCGGUUUUUAUCGUCUUUUUCCGUGGAUAGUUGUUGCUUGCCUGAGCUCUGGACGAUGAUUGACAAUAAUGGCGACACGAUCAUCCUGACUUGACUCCAGAGAACCAUCUCUGGCCGGAAAAGGAGAAGAUCUGGAUGGAUCGCCUGCGUCUCACGCAACAGCAUUAAGAAUAUACAAACACAUAGAGGAAAUCUAUCUGCCUGAGUGAGAAAGAGCUACUAGUCCAGGGAUCAUUAUCCUACUAGCACUGCGAUAGCUAGCGACUUGAAGUGCUAGCCUGCUAAGUUGGGAGGUGUUUCUCUCUGUGAGGUAGAAACGAAGAACUUGCUAAGUUGUAUUCUCUGGUCAUCCAAGCUAUGCAGAGAUUUUAUACGAACAAUCGAGCCAUGAUGGAAGGAGUAGGAGCGAGAGUGGUGCGUGGACCUGACUGGAAGUGGGGAAAGCAGGACGGCGGAGAGGGACAUGUCGGCACCGUCAGGAGUUUUGAAAGUCCAGAGGAGGUGGUAGUUGUGUGGGACAAUGGGACGGCUGCGAACUACCGUUGUUCUGGAGCGUAUGAUGUCAGGAUACUAGACAGUGCACCAACAGGCAUUAAACACGAUGGAACCAUGUGUGACACCUGCCGUCAGCAGCCCAUCAUUGGCAUUCGCUGGAAAUGUGCUGAGUGCACCAAUUAUGACCUUUGCACAACCUGUUACCAUGGAGACAAGCAUCACCUGAGACAUCGGUUCUACAGGAUCACCACCCCAGGCAGUGAGAGAGUACUUCUGGAGUCACGUCGCAAGUCCAAGAAAAUCACAGCCAGAGGAAUCUUCACCGGGGGCCGGGUGGUGAGAGGAGUGGACUGGCAGUGGGAGGACCAGGAUGGAGGCAAUGGAAGGAGAGGGAAGGUAACAGAGAUCCAGGACUGGAGUGCAGCCAGCCCUCACAGUGCUGCCUAUGUACUGUGGGACAAUGGGGCCAAGAACCUGUACAGAGUUGGAUUUGAGGGAAUGUCGGAUCUGAAAUGUGUGCAGGACGCCAAAGGGGGCUCCUUUUACAGAGACCACUGCCCAGUUUUAGGCGAGCAAAAUGGCAACAGAAAUCCUGGAGGUCUGCAAAUUGGCGAUCUGGUCAACAUUGACCUUGACCUGGAGAUUGUCCAGUCCCUGCAGCACGGCCAUGGCGGCUGGACUGAUGGCAUGUUUGAAACCCUCACGACCACUGGCACAGUUUGUGGCAUCGAUGAGGAUCACGACAUUGUGGUUCAGUACCCCAGUGGAAACCGAUGGACAUUCAAUCCAGCCGUGCUGACAAAGGCCAAUGUAGUGCGCAGUGGUGAGGUCGCAGCCGGGGCAGAGGGAGGCAGUUCCCAGUUCCUGGUGGGAGACCUGGUCCAGAUCUGCUACGACAUCGACCGCAUCAAACUGCUGCAGAGAGGACAUGGAGAGUGGGCCGAGGCCAUGCUACCAACCUUAGGCAAGGUGGGUCGUGUGCAGCAAAUCUACUCUGACAGUGACCUGAAGGUCGAGGUUUGUGGGACUUCUUGGACGUACAAUCCUGCUGCUGUCACCAAGAUCGCCCCCUCUGGCUCAGCUGUCAGCAACGCCUCUGGAGAGCGUCUGUCUCAGUUGCUGAAGAAACUAUUUGAGACACAAGAGUCGGGAGACAUCAACGAGGAGCUUGUCAAAGCGGCCGCCAAUGGAGACCUGGCCAAGGUGGAGGACAUUCUCAAGAGACCGGAUGUAGAUGUAAAUGGCCAGUGUGCUGGACACACUGCCAUGCAGGCAGCCAGUCAGAAUGGUCACGUAGAUGUCCUCAAGUUGCUGCUCAAACACAAUGUGGACCUGGAGGCCGAGGACAAAGAUGGAGACCGUGCAGUGCACCAUGCGGCCUUUGGCGACGAGGGCUCCGUCAUUGAGGUGUUGCAGAGGGGCGGGGCCGACUUGAACGCAAGGAACAAGCGAAGACAGACUCCACUGCACAUAGCUGUAAAUAAAGGCCACCUGCAGGUGGUCAAGACCCUGCUGGACUUCGGCUGCCACCCUAGCCUCCAGGAUUCAGAGGGAGACACGCCCCUGCAUGACGCCAUAAGCAAGAAAAGGGAUGACAUGCUGUCCGUCCUGCUGGAGGCAGGUGCCGAUGUCACCAUCACCAACAACAACGGGUUUAAUGCCUUGCAUCAUGCUGCCCUGCGUGGAAACCCCAGUGCCAUGCGUGUGUUGCUCUCCAAACUGCCCAGGCCUUGGAUCGUAGAUGAGAAAAAAGACGACGGUUACACUGCACUGCACCUGGCUGCCCUCAACAACCAUGUGGAGGUAGCUGAGCUGCUGGUGCACCAGGGCAAUGCCAGCUUGGACAUCCAGAAUGUCAACCAGCAGACAGCGUUACACCUGGCAGUGGAACGUCAACACACCCAGAUAGUCAGGCUGUUGGUGCGAGCAGAGGCCAAACUUGACGUGCAGGACAAAGAUGGGGACACGCCGCUGCACGAGGCACUACGUCACCACACAUUGUCCCAGUUGAGGCAACUGCAAGAUAUGCAGGAUGUCAGCAAAGUGGAGCCGUGGGAACCCUCCAAAAACACGUUAAUCAUGGGCCUGGGCACCCAGGGGGCAGAGAAAAAGAGUGCAGCAUCCAUCGCCUGCUUCCUGGCAGCUAAUGGAGCAGACCUGACCAUUCGUAACAAGAAGGGCCAGUCCCCUCUGGACCUGUGUCCUGACCCCAGCCUCUGCAAGGCUCUGGCCAAGUGUCAUAAAGAAAAAAGCAGUGUCCAGGUGGGCACCCGCAGCCCGUCUCUGAACAGCAACAUAGAGUCUCUGGAGGAGUGCAUGGUCUGCUCGGACAUGAAGAGAGACACUUUGUUCGGGCCCUGUGGACACAUCGCAACCUGUUCCCUCUGCUCGCCACGUGUCAAAAAGUGUCUCAUCUGCAAAGAGCAGGUCCAGUCCAGGACCAAGAUCGAGGAGUGCGUUGUGUGCUCCGACAAAAAGGCGGCCGUGCUGUUCCAGCCCUGUGGCCACAUGUGCGCUUGUGAGAACUGUGCCAGCCUCAUGAAGAAGUGCGUACAGUGCCGGGCUGUGGUGGAACGCCGCACGCCCUUUGUUCUGUGCUGUGGAGGGAAAGGUAUGGAGGAUGAUGCCGCUGAUGAUGAUGAUGAUGAUGAUGAUGAUGAUGAUGAUGACCUUACAGGGAGCUCUAACACUAUGGCAGGGGGGUCCCAGGAUCUUCUACAGCCCAACAAUCUGGCACUAAGUUGGUCCAGCGGAAACAUCCCAGCACUGCAGAGAGACAAGGACAACACCAAUGUCAACGCUGACGUGCAGAAGCUUCAGCAACAGCUCCAAGACAUUAAGGAACAGACCAUGUGUCCGGUGUGUCUGGACCGGCUGAAGAACAUGAUCUUCAUGUGCGGCCACGGCACGUGCCAGCUUUGCGGGGAUCGAAUGAGCGAGUGUCCUAUCUGCCGCAAGGCCAUCGAGCGCCGCAUCCUUCUUUAUUAGAUCUGACCGCAGACUCGUGUUCUUCUCCUAAAGUUUGCAGCAUUCACGCUUGCAAGGCCACAAAAAAAAACACAAUGGCUGCCUCUGCUGCUGCUGCUACUCCUUAUGCUGUCGCUGCUGUUGUUUGGCCACCAUCACAGCACCUGAAUCAGCCAGUCGGCCUGUCCACAUGUCUUAGUCUACACUACAAACCCUCUCUUAAUGGCUUGACUGUAUUCAUGUGGAUUUUCGCAGUUUCCUUUAUGCAUGUCACUUUUUUUUCCCCUCUCACUGCCGCCCUCUUCUGGUUUUCCUCACCCUUCCUCCCUUCUCCUCGUUCGACUUUUCCUUGAGUCUGUUUCAGUACGUUCAGACUCCUAGUCUUGGAUAUAAACUGUAGCGGUCGCUGCACCGUGGCUGGAUUUGAACAUGGAUGAGCUCUGAGCGCUAGAGCAAAAAAAAGUGUUGACGCGGCCGUGUCAGUGUCUGUUACCUUGGAUGUAAAGUUUCUCGUGCUCCUGUUCAGCUGGGCACCGACUGCAGCGGACACUUAUUGUAUUUUCAGAAUUUUUCUUCAAGUGUUUGGGUAUGAGAAGCCUCCCGAUGUGGAUUAUGAGUCAUUCAGUUAUUGUGUCAGUAUGACGGCUUGGUCAAAGAAUCAGUAAGUGUUUUUUUCAAGGCUUUGUGUCUGUGUUCAGUUUGGCUGAUGUAAAUGAUGACCAUUUGUUGGCAGUUUUGCACUAGAAAAGCUGAAUCAGGGUUUAAAAAACAAAAACAUUAUUUGACACACACACACACACACACACACACACACACACAUACUCUUCCUAUGUUUUGGUGGUUUUCGUCUGCUGUGUGAUCAAACACAGAGCAGACUGACCUCCAGGUAGCACACCACACCUGAACUUUAGUUUACCAAACAGUAAGAGGAAGGACGGUGUUACAACGACUCCACCCUCCUGAAUGGCUGCUGGUUUGUUGGGAUUUAAGACGAGCACACAAACGUAUUCCACUUCUGUUCAGUGAUCAGUUCUCGUUCUGUCGUCUCUGUUUAACGUCCGACUCUCAUGUGACCUGUUGGUAUUGUUUAAAAAAAAAAGGAAAUCCAAUUCCCCAAGCUUCGCUACUUCACCAUCGACACCCAUGUGCCAUUCUCUUCCAAAAUCUACUGUUAAAUUUUCUUUAAGGUGCUCUGCUAGUUCUUAUUUAUGUUCCUUUACUUUUACCUGAAGCAUUUACUGAGCUAGAAAGUACAAUCUACUACAAGUCUAUCUUGAAAAUUUGGAAUAAAAUAUUUUCUACCGCUCCCAAAAAACUCUAAGGUAUCACUGCCUGAACGUAGCCUCAAACUCUCUUAAACAUUCUGCUUUGAUGUUAAUGUUGAAAUAUGUUCCUUUUGUAUUUCUGUUUUGAUUUUUGUUUUUUUGACAAUAGCUUUUUUUUUGUAGAUAGAAAUUUUUUUUCCCACAGAAAUUGUUCUCUGUACGGCUAAUCUGUUUGUGUGAAACUGAAAAAAAAUAUAUAUAUACUUUUGUUGUCAAAUCUGUCAAGUAUCCUGUCGCCAGUAUUUUAUUUUAGAUUCAAUCUUCUUAUUUUUUUUCUAAAGACAGAUCAAGGCCUUAUGUUUUUGGGAAAGACAAUUAUUCAUGUGUGGAAUCUGUGGGGACGUGUGACCAGAAGCGUCCCCCUGUUCUUGAGGACUGAAAGAAACCUUUUAUUAUUUUGAGUAUCAGUUCUGACUCUUCUCACUGGUAACACUUUAAGCUACAAGCACUGAUUGGCUUUAUGGUAGUGUUGUCUUGUUGUGGGUGUGAUGACGAAGCCUAUUUUGUACUUUACCCCUCCCGUACCCCCUGCCUCCUCCCCCCUCUCUGUUGACUGUCCUGUUGACAAAUUCAUCUGUGGCGUCUGUUGGCAUGAAUGUGUGACGUUGUGCAGUUACAGUACGGCAUCGUAUCAUGGAAGCAGUUCAGUCUGUAUUGCUCAUAAGUGCUUUUAAAAACAACUCUGUGGCUGGAAUAAAGCUCUAAAUGAACCAAA